CCCAGUGGGCCCAUUUGCAUAUAUAUACAAGUAGCAACUGGUGUACUGGAUUACUUUCUCUUCAAUGCCUGAGCGCUGUGAUGUGAUGAUGGUUUGCGAGGUUGCUGCAUUGCAAGGCUGUCCGCACAGGUAUAUAUUGAGCACUGCCACGAGGAGUGGCCUCAGCGCUCGAUGGGUGGACAUGCGACCCACGGCUGCACUCGACACUGGGAAGACCAUCAGGCCUCAGCGCUCAGGCUCUAAGUACUCUUGCAGGCUUUUCUUGACCUUUCCCACCAAACAUGGGCUGCUGUGGGGAGUCUGCCAACGCCGACAAGGAGAUGGCCAACAGGCCUGCAGCAAACACUACCCCGUUUGUGAACCAGCAGCCAGGUCCGCAUCCCAAUGCACGACUUUCUGAGAAGCAGGGAUCCAACUUUUAUUCUGCAGUCCCUUCACCGCCGCCUCCUUCGUUCCAGCUCAAUAAUGGUGGUGGUUUUACUCAGAACGGCAUCCAGAAACAAAACUGGGAUGCACCUCCAAUGGUAAACCAGUUCAAUCCAAACGGCUUUCCUCUGCACACGCCUCCAACGACACCCCCAUCGCCCUCCUACAAUGGAUCCAUCUUUCGUGCAAACGUUGGGCCCCCAUCGCCGCCCUUGCUGCAUCCUCUUGCUGUGCACCCUCCUCGCCAUGGACAUUCAACAUCUCCUUCGCUCCCUUCGUUCACGACUGUCUCACAUAUCCAGGCGCGCAAUGACAUCAAUCCUCCGUCUGACGAAGGAAAGAUGUCGGUAUCUAUUGAUUUUGGAACAACGUUCUCUGGUGUGGCAUACGCUUCUUCCCGCAUAGCUGCAGGGAAAGUACAGCAA